GUUGAAACAUGAAGAAUAUAUUAUAUUCAAUAUAUUUAAUAAAUAGGGGCUUAGCAUAUCUUUAUUGAUGAAUGGCCCAUGAGAGGUGGAACACAAGAUAGCUGGUGAAAUGGCAAGCUGGUUGCAAGCUAGACCUGAGCUCAACUGUCAUAAGGAUGAGCUCAAGCAGUUGAGUUCAUCUGAGGUUUACCUCAUCCAAGUUGACCUCGGAAUGGAUUAUCAUGAGGAUGAGCUCAAGCAAUUGAGUUCAUCUGAGGUUUACCUCAUCCAAGUUCACCUCGGAAUGGGUUGUCAUGAGGAUGAACUCAAGCAGUUGAGUUCAUCUAACGUUGUUUACCUCAUCCAAGGUCGUUUGCCUCAUUUGGGGUCAUUUGCCUCAUCCGAGGUAGUUCACCUCGGACUAGGCUGUCACGAGGAUGAGCUCAAGCAUAGGCUGAGUUCAUUCGAGGUUGUUUACCUCAUCCGGGGUAGUUCGCCCGAUUAUCAUAAGGAUGAGAUCAAGCAAUUGAGCUCAUCCGAGUUCACCUCGGAAUGGGUUAGCAUGAGGAUAAGCUCAAGCAAUGGAGUUCAUCCAAAGUUUACAUCAUCCAAGGGAGUUCACCUUGGAAUGGGUUAUCAUGAGGAUGAACUCAACCAAGUUUAUGAACUUGUUGAAGUUCCUAAGUCAGCACAUGAAGUUCCUAUUGUUAAAGUUCAAGGUUGACCAUAUUAUAUGAUAAGGGUACAGAUAUAUAUAUAUAUAUAUAUCUUUAGCUCAGUAUCACAGUUAAUAACUGUGACUUGAAUAAAUUAUGAAACUGCAC